AUGGCAUCUUCUUCCUCCAAAUUGACUCUGAAAUUGCUUAUCGAUUCUAAGCGUGAGAAGGUCCUGUUUGCAAAAGCAUCAAAAGCUAUUGUAGAUUUUUUCUUUAACUUGCUCUGCUUGCCCAUUGGUACUGUCAUCAGGAUUCUCAACAAGAAUCAAAUGGUUGGUAGUUUAGCCAAUCUCUAUGAAAGUGUUGAGAAUCUGGAUGAAACUUACAUGCAACCAGACCAGAAUAAGGAUCUCCUGUUGAAGCCAAGUGCCUCCAUGUCUUCAAAAAUCUCUGGUCUUCUUCCUUCAGUUAAUGACAGUUCUUCCAACAACUUUGUGAAUGUGUUCUAUCGGUGCCAAAGUCAUUAUAGUCGCGUCACAUGUGAUAACAACACUCGUUGUCCUGAUUGUAAUAGACCUAUGAACUCGCAAAUGAUUUUUAUUGGUGAAAAGGUUGCAAAUGAAAUUUCUGCUGAGAAGAAUGGUUUUGUGAAAGGGGUAGUAACUUACAUGGUGAUGGAUGAUUUAGCGAUUCAGCCCAUGUCAAGCAUAUCAAGCAUUACCCUACUUAACAAAUUCAACGUCAAAGAGGUUGGCACCUUGCAGGAAACAGUGGUCGAGUUGGACAUGAACCAGGGUGUGAAUCUUCUAAAGGCUUCUCUGGAGUCGAAGACAGUUUUGACUAAUGUUUUUCUCAAUAAUCACAUGCAUUGCUCUCGAGCAAUAUAA